AAAUCCUGAUCCUGGAUCCUAAAGAUGGAGUCUAAACCCAGAAGGGAUCCCAAAUCCAGAUCCUGGAUCCCAAAUCCUGAUCCUGGAUCCUAAAGAUGGAGCCUAAACCCAGAAGGGAUCCCAAAUCCAGAUCCUGGAUCCCAAAUCCUGAUCCCGGAUCCCAAAUCCUGAUCCUGGAUCCCAAAUCCUGAUCCUGGACCCUAAAGAUGGAGUCUAAACCCAGAUCCUGGAUCCCAAAGAUGGAUUCCAGAUCCCAAAUCCUGAUCCAGGAUCCUAAAGGGGGAUCCUGAACCCAGAUCAGACCCAGGUGGGAUCCCAAACCCAGAUCAGACCCAGGAGAGAUCCCAAAUCCAGAUCCUGGAUCCCAAAUAUGGAUCCUGGAUCCUAAACCCAGAUCAGACCCAGGAGGGAUCCUAAAGAUUGGUUCCAGAUCCCAAAUCCAGAUCCUGGAUCCUAAAGGGGAAUCCUGGAUCCUAAAGAUGGAGCCUAAACCCAGAUCAGACCCAGGAGGGAUCACAAAGAUGGAUCCUGGAUCCCAAAUCCUGAUUCCGGAUCCUAAAGGGGGAUCCUGGAUCCCAAACCCAAAUCCUGCAUUCUAAAGAUGGAGCCUAAACCCAGAUCAGACCCAGAAGGGAUCCCAAAUCCAGAUCCUGGAUCCCAAAGAUGGAUUCCAGAUCCCAAACCCAGAUCUCAAAGCUGGAUUCUGGAUCCCCAAACCCAGAAUCCAAAGCUGGAUCCUGCUUCACAAACUCACAUCCCAAAUCCAGAUCCUGGAUACCAAAUCCCAAAGCUGGAUCCCAGAUCCCAGCCCGUGUCAGUGUGGCUGUGCCAGGUCCAGGCGCCGCACGAAGCCGUCGCUGCCACCACGGCUGUGGCUGUGCCCGCAGUGGUUCAGGGGCUCAAUCCCAUCCCAGGCCCAAGAUCCCAGCCCUGGAUCCCAGAUCCCAUCCCAGCCGAUGUCAGUGUGACUGUUCCAGGCUGGCCUUGCCCAGGUGCCGCACGAAGCCGUCGCUGCCACAUCCAUGCCCGUGCCCACAGUGGUUCAGCGGCUCAAUCCCAUCCCCAGUCCCAAAUCUGGACCCCAGACUCCAAAUCUGGAUUCCAGAUCCUAAAUCUGCAUCUCAGACCCCAAAUCUGGAUCCCAGACCCCAGAUCUGGAUCCCAGAUCUGGAUCCCAGACCCCAAAUCUGGAUCCCAGACCCCAAAGCUGGAUCCCAGAUUCAAUCCCAGCCCGUGUCAGUGUGGCUGUGCCUCGCCCAGGAGCCGCAGGAAACCAACAUUGCCACACCUGUGCCCGUGCCCAUGGCUGUGCCCACAGUGGUUCAGCAGCUCAAUCCCAUCCCAGGUCCCAAACUGGAUCCCAGAUCUGGAUCCCAGAUCCCAAAUCUGCAUGUCAGACCCCAAAUCUGGAUCCCAGAUCCCAUCCCAAACCAUGUCUGUGUGGCUGUGCCUCAUCCAGGUGCCGCAGGAAGCCGUGGUUGCCACACCCGUGCCCGUGGCCGUGCCUGCGGUGGUUCAGCGGCUCAGUUCCAUCCCAGACCCCAAACUGGAUCCCAGAUCUGGAUCCCAGACCCCAAAGCUGGAUCCCAGACCCCAAAUCUGGAUCCCAGACCCCAAAUCUGCAUCUCAGACCCCUAA